AUGGGCUGUAACCUGUGCACCUUACAGAAGAGGGAGGAGCACUACAAGCUGCUGUACGAGAUCGCGCAGGUGAAUGGCAAGGACCUCUCGAAAGGCAGCCAUGAGGAGGCUCUCGAGGCCUUUCGCAGUACCAAGGACCCCAUUGUGGUGCAGGUGCUGCGGCGGAGCCCUGUUUCUAGGGGCAACGGUCACCAUCAUGAUGUCUAUCUAGUAGAUGUGUGCACACAGACUGACAUCACAUUUGAGCACAUCAUGGCCCUCUCCAAGCUUCGCCCUGCCACGCCUCCAGUGCCCGACACCUGUCCCUUUCAUCUUUCUGAUAGCUGCCACUCACUGCAUACUAUGGAGCACGAGUACUACGAGGGCUCCGAGUUCCUCCCCAGCCUGCCAGCGGACAGCGAGAAAGCAGACACCUUCGAGUAUGAGGAGGUGGAGCUGUAUCGGCAGAGCAGCCAGGAGAAACUGGGCCUCACACUGUGCUAUCGAACAGACGAUGAGGAGGACGUUGCCCUCUAUGUCAGUGAGGUAGGGCCCAACAGCAUUGCAGCCAGAGAUGGUCGCAUAAGGGAAGGGGAUCGCAUUAUACAGAUUAAUGGGCAGGAUGUACAGGACCGGGAAGAGGCGGUGGCACUGCUUGCCAACGAGGACAGCAGGAGCAUCCUGCUGCUGGUGGCGCGGCCUGAGAUGCAGCUAGAAGAGGGCUGGCUAGAUGAGGAACACGGAGACUUCCUGGAGGAGCUCAAGAUGGAGGUUCUGGAGGGGGCUCGGUGCACAGCUGUCCCCCAAAAGCAGCUCACAUUACCUGAGGACAACAACGUUACAACAGACAUGGACACCUUUUCCAAGGGAAACCAAAACAAGGAUGGUGGAGUGAGCCAGAAGGACAGCAGUAUGCGACAUGAGGUGCACUCUGACAAUGAGCCCCAAAACCUUGUACAAAACAGACUGUCUCGAUUUUUAAGAGGCCCAAGCGUGGGGAGUCUGGUCCAGGAGACAUCCGUUGACUCCAACACACAGAGCAAUGAAAGCCUGGGCUCAGAGGAGCACCUGGGACUCCCCACACCACAGAAAGAGGAGGAGGAGGAGGAAGAGGAUGAGGAGUGUGACCACUUCCAACAGCUCCUGGAGCUCAAGUGCCAGAUUCGCAACAGUAGCGAGUAUGGCCUAUAUUACAGCCGCCGCAGCACCAUAGGGUGCAGCCUGACAGAGCAGACCGGGGUGGAGCAUGAACUGCGCCUCCUCAAUGAAGAGCUGAAGAGCAUUGAGCUGGAAUGCCAGAAUAUCAUGCAGGCCCACCAGCUCCGCAAAGCUCGUGACCAGAAUGGACCUCCAGGCACCCCCAGGAGCAAGCUGGCUGACAUCAGCGAGCACCCAGAGAAGUCAGAUAAGGACAGCUCGAGUGCCUACAACACAGCGGAGAGCAGCCGCAGUACACCAUUGGCCAUGGACCGUUCUCCUGAACACUCCCUGCAGAGGACGGUCAGCCUCACCAACCAGAAAAACCUGCGGAGCACGUUGGCCACAAGCCAGGGACUGCAGGCCACCAUCCUGGCCAAGGCCAGCUGCCUGAAGCAGGGAAAACCUCCUAGGACAGAGGGGGUCCUGUCCACCGGUGGAAAACACUGUGGACAUGAGAAGCCCCAGAUCCCCCAAGCGCCCUACUUGUCUUCAGACCACAACUCCCAGUAUGGGCACACCAAUGCCCCAGCCCAUGCGAGGCACUACCAGAGCUACAUGCACUUGGUGCAGCAGCAGUCAGCUAUGGAGUUUUCCCAGUGCCAGCUGAGCCUGUUGGGUGUUGACCCUAAAAUGGAAUGGAAGGUGAAGGUCCGUGCUGACGGCACACGCUACAUCACCAAGCGGCCUGCACGUGACAAAAUCCUUCGCGAGAGAGCGCUGAAGAUUCGCGAGGAGCGUGCUGGCAUGACCACAGACGAUGAUGCUGUCAGCGAGCUCAAGAUGGGCCGCUACUGGAGCAAGGAGGAGCGCAAGCAGCAGCUGGCCCGUGCACGGGAGCAACGGCGCCGUCGCGAAUUCAUGCAGCGCUGCCGGCUGGAGGGCCCACGCGAAACUUCCCAGAGUGCUGGCGAGGGCCGUAAGGAGGUCAGCAUCAUUGAACUGAGUAACAAAAAAAUGAUGAAGAAGCGCAACAAAAAGAUCCUGGACAACUGGAUGACUAUCCAGGAGCUGAUGACACAUGGGGCCAAGGCAACGGAAGUCUCCGGAAGGGUCCACAAUGCCUUCCUGUCCGUCACGACUGUGUGAAAUACCC